UCACGACAGCGAGACGCGCAACACAUUUCUAAAACAGAAAGUCGUAUUUCAGUGCUGCCCGGGAAUACGACAAAAACAUUGGCCGGCCGUGAUGGAGAACCUGGUGCACUAUAGUAACCCCGCCCACGCCAUCUCUCUACUGAGCGUGCUCAAUGAGCAGCGGCUACGAGGACAGUUGUGCGAUGUGGUGCUGGCUGUCGGGGAGCAGCGCUACCAGGCACAUCGGAGCGUGUUGGCGGCCAGCAGCGAGUACUUCCACACGCUUUUCACCCCCCGGGGAGCGGCCACCUCCACCUCCUCCUCCUCCUCCUCUUCCCCGCCCGUGGUGACGCUGGACUUCUGCGAGCCGGACGCCUUCGAGCUGGUGCUGAACUACAUCUACAGCUCGUCGCUGUUCGUGGACAAGGGCAGCCUGGCGGCCAUCCAGGAGCUGGGAUACAGCCUGGGGAUACCCUUCCUCACCAACAUCAUGAGCAUGAGACCACAGAUGUCCUACUGCAUCUCGCGCAGCAAGAGGGUCUGCUUCAAGGAGGAGGACGACGGAGGCAGCCACCCGCAGAGGAGCGUCAUCGUGCGGCAGAGCCGCGGUCACGAGCACCUCUCUGGCUCCGGCGGCGACCGCGACCGCGGGGCUCCAAGUCACAGCUCCCACUCCCUCAGGCCAUCCAAGCACAACAGCAGCAGCAGCAACCCUUACUCUGCCCCCGACCAAGACCAGCUGGCCGCCUUUGGGCUGUCGGCGAAGGAGCAAAACCAGACCUCUCGCUCAUCGAGUAGUCGGGGUAAUGCGAUAGAGAGGGGAGGUGACGUCACGACAUCAGACAGGCGUCCUGGUGGCGGCAGCAGGCUGUUUGAUGUCCAGCAGCAACCGCACGAUGACAAACCCAACAGUGCUCUCGCUCUGUCGUCGUCGUCGGCCCUGAGGGGGCGUGGGGGGCUCAGCAGCAGCACGUGCGUGCGACCUCAGCUCACCUCCUCGGUGUCGUUUAGCGAGUCCCAGAUCCAGCACGCCAGCCUGCUGCAGCAGGACUCCAGUGUGGAGCUGGCGGGGGACGGGGACGAGCACCACCGCCUCUCGUCGGCGCCGCACUCCCUCAGCCCCAGCAGGCCCGCCGGGCCAGGAGCACCGGGACAGCUGGCCGAGAGACACCAGGCGGCCGUGGACCGCAGCGGACCCCUCAUCAAGAGCCUCCUGCGCAGGUCCCUGUCCAUGGACAGCCCCGUGCCCAUCUUCUCCCCCGCUCUGGAGCUGAAGGACGCGCACAACAGGGAGCACUCUGUGGUCAAGAUGGCCGCCAAGAUGGCAGGAGGAGGGCCGCUGACCGGAGCUGCUGGGGAGCAGAGGCUGCACAGCGCCGCCCAUGGCGUCCCUCCGCUCAUACUGAGGCCGCGACACCACAACCUGUACGACCGCGGCGGCGGCGCUGGGGGCAGGGGGGACGGGCAGGGGCCCCCCACGGAGGUCCACGUCAAGACGGAGCCCAGCAGCCCAUUGGCUGACCCCUCUGACAUUAUCCGCAUCACCGUCGGCGAUAACCUGCCCGUCAACCUCCGCGACCUGCAGAUGAACUUUAGCGAGAACCCCAAGGGGUACUUCAACCACCACGCCGGGAAGCGCCGGUCGCGUCUGGACGGGCUCGGGGGUCACGGCGGUGGGGGGCCGUACAAGCGCUCUCGGAUGUCGCUGAAUUUCCCCCUGGGGAUUAAUAAAGUUACUCUAUUCUACUCUACCCUACUCUACAAAGACACUGGAUCGUCGGCAGUGGCGGCGCACAACAACAACAACACACAGCCGCAGCAGCAGCAGGCGAACUCCAACAUGGCCGCCGCCGGUGGUGGUGGGGGGGACGGUAGCGAGGAGCCCGGAGAGCUGAGGCCCAACAAGAUGUUCAAGUGCUGGAACUGCCUGAAGAUCUUCCGCUCCAACGCCGGCCUGUACCGCCACGUCAACAUGUACCACAACCCAGAGAAGCCCUACGCCUGCGACAUCUGCCACAAGAGGUUCCACACCAACUUCAAGGUGUGGACCCACUGUCAGACACAGCAUGGCGUGGUGCAGAACCCAGCGGCCUCCUCCAGCUCCUACUCCGUGCUGGACGAGAAGUUCCAGCGUAAGCUCAUCGACAUCGUGCGGGAGCGCGAGAUCAAGAAGGCCCUGCUGCUGAAACUCAGGAGGAACAAACAGAGCCUGCAGCAGGCGGCCUCGCAGCAGCCGUUCGGCCGCAAGAGCCUGCGGUCGCGCUCCACCUACGUGUGCCCCUACUGUGGCAAGAUGUUCUGGUUCCAGUCCCAGUUCAAGCAGCACCUGAAGAUGCACCCGGUGGAGAACGAGCACGAUGAGGACGAGGACGGGGACGCUGGCGACCGCCACAUGGACCAGAGAGGAGGAGGAGGAGGAGGAGGAGGAGGAGGGCCAGACGGGGAGCGUCAGGACCUGGAGGCCCAUCUCAAGGAGAACCAGGGACAGGAGCAGGUGUACCCGUGCAAGCUGUGCAACGCCAAGCUGUCGUCCCCGAUGGAGCAGGGGGAUCACGAGCGGGGGUGUCGGCACGCCACGGUGUGCCCCUACUGCGGCCUGCGCUUCUCCAGCCCCUCGGUCAAGAGGGACCACGAGGCCCACUGCGACUACAAGAAGCUCACCUGCCUGGAGUGCAUGCGCACCUUCAAAUCCUCAUUCAGCAUCUGGAGACACCAGGUGGAGGUGCACAAUCACAACAUGAUGACGGUGCGGGAGCAGCUGUCCCUGAGCCUGCAGGAGAACCACAGCCAGGCCUCCCCAUCCCUACCCAGCGGCGGUGGUGGUGGUGCUACCCCAGACUCCCUCCACGGCCCGGGCACACACCCUGCCAUGCCACCCCUGCACCACCAGCACCAGCACCACCAUCAACACUCGGGAUCCAUGUCAGACUCACCUCUGGACGCUAGAAAGGACGGCACUGGUGGUGGUGGUGGUGGUGGUGGUGGUGGUGGUGUCUUCUAUCGCGACUCCUCCUCCCCCUCCUCCCCUCCUCCUCCUCCCCUUCCACCUCCCCACCACCACCACCACCGCCACCUGUCGGCGUCCAUGUUUGACUCGGAGGAGGACUCAUCGUACGGCGGGCCCGAGGACCUGAGCGUGGGCUCCUCCUCGCAGCAGGGGGGGGAGCACGGCGAGCUGACGGUGAAGGAGGAGCCGGUGGAGGAGGAGGUGAGCGACGAGAGGGAGGCCAUCAUGGCCGCCAUGGCCAGGAGAACGGCUAGCGCGGCGGCGGCAGCGGCAGCAGCAGCCGCGGCGGGGGUAUCGGACGAGCCGGGCGUGUGGCCGUGCGAGAAGUGCGGCAAGCUGUUCAGCUCCCAUAAGGACCUGGAGCGCCACCAGGAGCUGCUGUGUCACGUGAAGCCUUUCAUCUGCCACAUAUGCCACAAGGCCUUCAGGACCAACUUCCGCCUCUGGAGCCACUUCCAGUCGCACGUGGUCACCUCGUCGGCGUCGCCCUCGGACGAGGCCUCUGCGGCUAGCGGAACAGGGCCCAUCAGGAGCGGCCCGUCUCCCCCUGACGUCGCUGGUGCCGCCGGGCCGAGGAGCGGCGGUCCGUCCCCUCCUGUUGCUACGGCGACCGCUUCCUCCACCGCGGGCGUCGUUGCUAGGGAGCUGUCGCUGGAGAGACGUGCGUCAUCUUCAUCCCCCUCCUCCCCUCCUCCGCUGUCCAUCUCCGUAUCGCCGCCCAAUCCCGUCGGACUCGCCGCCGCGUCAUCGUCGUCUGCCGCCACCACACCUGCCACGCCGGUGGAGGAAGAGGAGGAGCAACCGCCCGUGGUGGGGCCUGCGGCCAAUAAGACGGUGGGAGGAGGACAGGGAGGAGGGGCGGGGUCUGAUGGCGAGGGGGUGGGGCUUGAUGACAGCAGUCAACAGCAGUCCAAAGUGUCGGAUGAGGCGGAGGGGACAGAGGGGGCGGCGUCGCUCAGCCCUCAGGAGUCGGACACGCUGUUCUACCACGCCCCCACGCUCUCCGCCCUCACCUUCAAGAGGCAGUACAUGUGCAAGCUGUGCCACCGCACCUUCAAGACGGCCUUCAGCCUCUGGAGCCACGAGCAGAGCCACAACCGCCUGUGACCGUCACCAGACCACCACCUCAGACACUUGUCUUGCAGGGGGGGUUGGGAAUGGGAUAGGCUCUUAGUUAUUCAGGAAGGAUCAUUUGUCCAGGUUUUUUGGGGGGUUAGAGUAAGGAAUACUACUAUGGACUAGUGUGUACUUCAAUGUGAUUCACUAGUCCAAAUGGGAUAAAGUGCAGAGAAAGAAUUUCCCCUAGGGGACCAACAAUUGGCUCCAAUUGGCUUUGUUUGAAUACAUAGGGCAGGGGUGGAGAACCUUUUUCAUUCGAGGGGCCACUUCAAAUUCCUCCAAGGGCCGUACUCUCUAACAAACUUCAGUUUGUGCUAACCUAAACGCUAUUCCUAACUCUAACCCUGGUAUUGGUGAGGCUUUCCUCAAAGCGUAAUUCACCUUGGUGCGCCUAACACCCCACAGAGGUCAUGUGGAGGCAGGCUGACAUCAUGCAAAGGCGUUGUUAUUUCACAAGCAAGGGCAAUGCCGAAAUUGUGCCCAGACCAAAACCAUCCCUAAACCCUAACCUGUCACAGGGCGUUGUGGAGCACACGUUAACAUACAAAGCCAUGAUGCACAACAAAUGCGAUAGACGGUUCAACGUGCCGUGUUAUCUCUUAACGCUUUGGUAUGAUGCCAUGUUGGUGGUGGAGGUGAAGUCUCACAGGGAAUCAAGCAAUCACGGACGAGUCCCUUCAUGAAUAGUGACGAGCCUUCCCCUACCAUCCUGCAAAAAAAUCUUGACCACAUGCUCUUGCCCCAAAACUCUCACCCUGGUCAGACCUGCCCUGUGGCCAGCAGUCCCAACGCCUGCACACACACACACACACACACACACACACACACACACACACACACACACACACACACACACACACAGUGCCACAAUCGACAUGGAAGCAAGAUCAAAUUUUCAUUUUGACUUCUAUAUUGUGUGUUGCGACUUAACUCUUUUGUCACACCACGGUCAGGAUAUCUAUACAAACUCCUCUAAUUCCUCUUUUCUUUUCAAGCUUUAAGAAACAACAGUGGUGCAACCCCUCUCCUCUCAAACGUCCCAAUGAAUGUGCACUAAUGUGGUGCAACAACAAGACAGAUAUGAGAUUAUGGUCUAUGUUUGGGUGGACUAAAUUUCCUGGCACAAAAAAAAUGGAAAUAGAUAAUACAUUUCUUUCCACAGAUGACAUGGGGAAAGGUUUUGCCUAGCAGUCCAUUGCAGUUCAAAUGUAUUGCAGUAGAGUCCGGAUGUGCAUAAAUUACUGCCUUUUGGAUUGAAACAAGAAUGUGUACAAAACAAAAAAUGAAUAGCUUACUUGAUGUGAGUUCUCUCAUCUGCCUUUGAAAUUUUAAAGUAUGUGGUAGGGCGUACGCGUAGGCAAAGUAAUGUAAAUGCUUAACCCUUGUACCAAUGAGAAGUCCGUGAGUUGGUUUCUUGGAAGAAAGUGCUUUAUUUUAGAAGUUUAGUGGUGCAGUCUUAGAAACUUUAACUAAGUGCUCUUGCUUCGGAUUGGUCCGCAUCGUCUCGUGUGCUGGCACAGUAGUUGACAUGUCCUGACGAGGUUGCCUUUAAUUAGUGAGUGAAUAACUGCCAUGGUGUAGCAGCCGGUGGUGAAUAUUUUACUGACCUAUAGCACUUUGUAUGUCUUGCCUCUCUUCUAUUUCUUUAAGACAAAAAAAAAAGCCCAGCUCAAUUUUCUUCUGAUCUGAUCUCGACUGUGUUUCCCAAAUGCACAUUGUGUAAGUACUGUAGGUGCCAGUGAGGCAAUGUAUCAGGAAAAGGUCACACAUCCCGGAACAUUUCUAUUUACAUCACUUUUCAUCAUGCAUACUUUUUUCUCAAGCAUUUUAUGUUGAUGCACGUACAGAGUUGUAUGAAGUAGUAGAAGAAUAAAUAGAAGUACUCUUAUAAAUGUAAUUACAACAUUAGUGGUAUAAUAAUUACAUGGUUUAAACUUUUUAAUUUAGUACUACUGUUGUAAUUACAUCUGUAAGAAUACCUCUAUUUCAAUGUUAUACAACUCUGUGUACAUAUGCGGUUAAGUAGUGAAACAAGCAGUGAAUAUGUAAACGUUCACUAGUGGGAUGCUAUACCUGAUAUAUUGCCUAGGGGGCGCCUCAUACUAAGGUAGUACUUAGGGUGCUUUUGGGAAACACACACCUUGAUUGUCAGUCACAUGAUCAUGUGUUGUUCACACCUUGCGGAAGUGUGUGUGGGACAUCUUUGCUCUCGGCCUCAAAGACAUUACAUGGUUUUAAGCAUCUUCAGUCUUGCUGUCCACAAAAGACAAAACACCUUUUCCUGCUUUAAAUAGAGGCAUAGCAUAACCUAGAACGGUUAUGAGUUUCUUUUGUCAUGUUUAUAGAUUUGAUAUCAGCAUAAUAUUGUACUUUACUUGAAUGGCACUGUUAUCUGUUAUAAGUUGUACAGCUGAGACCAUAUAAUACAAUACGUCAUUGGUUUGACUGUAAAGAACAAAUACGAACUGCAGACGGGUGGCUUUGACUUUCUGUACAGUGGAUCUGUAUUAUUCUGUGUACGUAUGAUGGUGAGGAUCUCCAGUGCAGUAGAAUGAGUUGCACAACAGGGGUGCGUUUCUCGAAAGUGUAAUUGUUAGCCAGUUAGCAACUGCUGGGGUAUUUGUCUGGGAAAUUGCAUUGCAAACAACAAAGCAGCUAACGUAUGUAGCAACUAUGGUUUCGGGAAAUGCACCCCUGCAUAGAAAAAGGCUGUGGAAACUGUAAUAACAGCAGGUGGGUAUUCUGUUAGGGUGCUACAUCAGUUAAACCCACAGCAACCAAGACAAAAAACACACAAAAAAGUUUCAUUUCCACCAGGGGUCUAUACUACAAAGCUGAUUCAGGAGUAAACCAGGUUAAGUUAAGAGGUAAAUCAUGUUAUAGAAGAGCCUGGAGUCUUCAUUUCUUAACAAAAUUAGAAGUCCAGGCUCGUCUAUUAGAUGAUUUACUCCUGAACCUGCUUUGUAGUAUUGGCCCCAGACAUAGCUGGAGAUCGAUACCCACGUUUGUGUUUGUAAAUAGUCAUGAUUGUGAUUUUAUUUCAAAAGGUUUUGCACAAGUAUUACUCAAGCACAAUGGCAAAAACAAUCUCUAGUUUCUGCUCCACAAUUAUAUAGUACAUUAUUUUGGCAUAUUUUUUAAUGAAAAAUCUAGUAUGACAGAUGAAGUCACAAAUUAAUUAUUAGGUUUGAAAAGUCAGCUUUUCUUUGAACAAUAUUAAUAGUUAAGAUAGGAGUCCCCCUAAUAGUGGGUAAAUGAAGAGUAAGUCACUAUUUAGUUUAUCUGGCCAUCUAAUCACAUUUAUUUCCCCCUUCCCUCAUAAUCUCACAUUACAGACAAGAUGCGCUUUAUGUGGGGGGGAAGAGGGGAACCUAAGAGAAAGGGGGUGGUCAAGGGAACGAGGGACCAAGUAGAACAUAUUUUGGAAAUCUUUCAGGGGGCAACAUUUUCUAUGUUUAUUUUAUUACAUGGGAUUUUGUCAGCGCAUGACAUGUAAGCAUAGAUUUGAUCUUCAGAUUUUUUGGAAAUUAUUUUUGAGAUUGUAUGAAUUUGAAAGACUUGAAUGAAAUGAAUGAUAAUGACAAAAAAAUGUUGUCGCAUUAAAAAGACAGCCUUUGUAUAUGGUCUCUGUUCAAUUUUCUAUCUGUAUUUUCUGUUUAUGGAAAAAUCUUUUUGUUAAUAAUGUAUUGCCGCAAUAACCUUUGUAUAUGAUUGCAAUGAUGUGGCUUAUGGAUUCUACAUAAACCUUCGUGUUUAGUGCUCUUUUCUACGGUUUCUGUGCUCGUUUUCUGAAAUAAAGUAUUUCAUGCGAAACUA